AUGAGACAACACUCCCUCGUACAUCUUUUAUUCGGUAGCAGAAAUGAUGACACACUGAAUGCUGCUGAUGAUGAUCAAAUGAGCACCUUUGCUGCCACUAAUGAGCACGAUAAAAAUCAAGAGAAUAUUCUUGUUACAAUGAUGGUUCUAGCUAUUGCUUCCUUUUCAAUAUUUGCUUCGGAGGAGAGUUUCUUUUUUCAAUCAUCAAUGAUUUAUAGAUUGAUUUUGUUCUUUUUGAUGAGUGCAAUUUCUAUUGGAUUACUUCAAUUAAUUAUCAAGUUUGUAAAUACUAAUGAUUAUUGUAGAUAUGUGAUAUAUUCCCUCCUCAUCAUUGUGAUUGCACAAUUUCCAUUUGAAAAGUAUUCGAGUUUGAAUUUGCAUGAUGAAAAAUUGUGGAAACAUGAUGUAGAGUAUUCGACUAAGGUUUUACUACCAACUAUAUAUACGAAUGUUACUUUUUCCAAGAUACAGCACGAGUAUAAACUUGAAGAAAUUGCCAAAUGGUACAAAAUACCAACAAAUGAUACCUAUCUUGUGAAUGAAGAUGAUUUAUUUUACAAUUCGAUACCAAAUGAUAUGAAUUAUUGUAAUUAUAAGGCUAGUAUUGAUAGUCAAUGGUUUGAAUAUUUAAAGGCUGCAAAGGACAUGACAAUUAUUCCUCUCAAUAGAAUGAAAAUCUUGGAGAAAUUCAAUUCUACUAUGAGUUUCAAACUCUACAAAUCAGUCUCCAAAAUUCUCAACUCUAUCAAAUCUGUACAUGAUUUGACAUUAACUAAAACUAGAUUGGAGCAGGGUAUUUCAAAUGAAUGUAAAGGAGAUUAUUUCAAAUUGAUUUGGUGGGAUUUUAAUAAGGAGUCAAUUAUGAAUUGUUCAUUUAUAAUCAAGUUUAACACAACCGAAAGAACCAAGCACGAAACUAUUUUAGAUUUUGAACGUCGACAAGUGUUGGAGCCAACAGAGCAUACAUAUAUUGAGAAUUUGUACAAACCCGAAUAUAAAUGGGCAGUUGCAAGGAGGACAAUACAAGAAACUGAAAUAUUUGUAAGCAUUCAGUCAAAGAGUGUACAUGAGGAUUUUUCUGAAUUAUUCAUUCCUUACUCUAACGCAACAACCUAUUCUUCAUCAAGUAAAUGUAGAGAGGAAAAACAUACAGUUUAUUUGGGAGAUUUCAUAAUUAAGAAUGAAACGAAAUACGAGUGGGUUCACUCUUAUGAUCCAAUAUUAUUUUAUACUGGAGCAAUUAUGGCUGCUUUUGCCUUUCUAUCAAUGUGGAUAUGUAAAAUGUUACUAAUUAUCUUGAUUGGAUUUAUUAUCUAUUAUUUAAUAUUUAAUCAUCAACAAGCAAAUGAAGAAGAACACUUAGAGGAGGAAAUUAUCACGAACAUUUUGGAAUCCACAAAUCCUGAAACACUUCAACAACCUGUAUCAUCUUUAUCAAAUGACAUGACAUUUUUCAACGUAAAUCUUAAUGAAGUGAAAAUGGAAGAACAGAUUGGGGAAGAAAUACUAUUGGGACCAGUUAUAUCAUUCGAGGAAAUGAGAAAUUCCAGAAAAUCCAGACCAAACCAAUCGAAUGAUAGUAUUAGUCAGGAUUCUAAUGAGGAGGAUGAAGAGUUAGGUUCAACUCUUGAACUAGCAGUCAACCCUUCUCCAGCGACAUUACAGGAAGGAAUUGCAGAACAAACCACUCUAUUAAGAGUGACCAGAAGAAAGAAUCCAAGUGUAAAGCGUUCCUUUGAACGAGCCAUGGAACCAAUUUUAGAUAUUAUGGUAGAUGAUGAUAUUAUAGAAUCAUCACCAAAUCUAAAGAAAAUCAAGGAAGAAUAA